AUGCCUGAAGAAGUCGAUACCAAGGACGCUCUGGCCCACGUCGAACUCGUGGCUUCCUCCGAGAUCGAUCCGCAUUCUCAGAGGUUCAGCCUCAUACGGGCAGUUCGAAUAUGGCCAAAAGCAGCAGGGUAUGGCCUGGCCCUCACAUCAGUGAUCCUUCUUUGGGGAUAUGACAUGGCCAUGGUGGGCAACUUGGCUUCGCUUCCGGCAUUUCGAAAAGAUUAUGGAGUUCUCGUCGACGACGAAUGGAUCAUAGCCUCCGAAUGGAUGUCGGCCUGGAACGCCGCAAGUCCCAUUGGCAUCAUGUUAGGAUCGAUCCUCGGUGGUGCCUUGCAAGACCGCAAGGGAAGAAGAGCUUCGCUUGCCAUUGGCUGUCUCACAUCUACCAUCGGAGUUGCUGUUGUCUUCUCGUCGCAAUACGCUGAUCAGAGUGGCGCUGCUCGCCCCGCUAUUUUUAUGGUGGGAAAGUUCCUACAAGGUCUGACCAUUGGUACCGCAGUCUGUGCCGCGCAGACAUACAUGUCAGAGGUUCUUCCACAGGCACUCCGUGGUCCGCUGAUUGCGUUCUUCCCCAUCUUUUUCCUCCUCGGCCAACUCAUAAGCGCGUUCAUCGUCUUUGCGGCGGAAGACGAGGAAAGCUCCGAGUCUUAUCGAAAUUGCAUCAUAUCCCAAUGGCCCUUCUCCGCGCUGCCCUUGAUUAUUUCGGUUCUGAUACCAGAAAGUCCUGCGUACCUCGUCCGUCGAGGCAGACUUGAAGAAGCCACCAAGGCGGAAACACGUCUGAACAAGGCGGGAGCUAACAUAAGUGCAACUAUUGCACAGCUUCAACGGGCCAUCGCCCAUGAGCAAUUGGAAGCACAGUCAGACAAAGCCAGAUAUCUGGAUUGUUUCAAAGGAAUUGAUCGUCGACGUACUCUCAUCGUCAUUCUUGCAGCGGUCCUCCCUCAGCUAUUUGGUCUCGCUCUUCUUGGCGAUGGUCCAUAUUUCAUGCAGAUGGUCGGUCAAGGUUCCAGCGAAAGCAUCAUCUUCUUGAUAAUAGGCAUUGUACUCGGAAUCAUCGGUAGUCUCGUCGACAUGUGGCUCACUACGGUGACUGGAAGGCGAAAGCUUAUCCUUACCACCUUGCUGAUCAUCACUCUCCUUUGGCUUGGAAUGGGCAUCUGUGGAAGCUUUGACACUCCCGUCGUUCCUUGGUACGCUUCGGUGACCAUGAAUCUGGUUGUGCUGGUGGCAUCUCUCGGUGCAUGGCCGGUGUCAUAUGUGGUUGGAGCCGAAACAUCAUCUCUGCGUCUCCGUGCAAAAUCUCAGGGCAUUGGAUGGGCAUUUGGGGGAGUCGCCAAUUUCGCUUUCAGCACUGUUUCACCGUACACUUACAAUCCCGACUCUGGCGAUCUUGGGGCCAAAGUAGGUUACAUUUGGUUCGGUCUGUGUAUUGUGACCUUUGUUCUGGCUUAUUUCCAUAUACCAGAAACGAGGGGGCGAACUACGUAUCAGCUCGAUCUCAUAUUUGAAGAGCGAACACCCGCUAGGAAGUUCGCACAGUGGAGCGGUCCCAGCGUGGAACUACCAAUCACCGUGGCCGAGAAGGGCGCAACAGAAGAAUCGGCUUGA